AACGUAAACGGAAGAGCUCAGCAUUGUGGAGCUGAUCCGUACGUGUCCGUCUCCGGCUGCGUGCUAUUGUGGAAACUCUUCCCAUGAGAUCCGUCCCCGCUUCUGUGUUCAUGCAGAACAGGCCUUUAGAUCUUGAUUUAUUUAUUUUUUUUUUAGGUUAAACCAAUAUUCUUUCUUCCUGAUGAUUAAACGUUUGAUUCGAGGUCAGUUUCAUAGAGAAGCAACUUUUCCAUAACAAUGAAACAAUGUUAUACCUAUUCGAGUUUUACUUGUCGGAAAAAUGCGGAAGAGCACCUGUACUUUAUAAUAUUACUGACUGGAGAACUACGACAGGACUCGCGGGCUCGAUGGAGGAGAUGCAUGACGGCCCGCUGGACGCGGCACCCGAGGUGCACCGGCGGCCCGGGGUCGCCGUCACGGUGCGGUCGUCCCCGGCGGAGGCCGUCACCGCGGACCGGAAGCUGGCGGCCCUGCGCGACCUGCUCCGCGCUGACCUGCUGGCCGCCGACAUGAAGUGGGGGCUGUUCGUGGCGUCGGGCCAGAGCUACCGCUGCGACUCCUGCCUCAAGCCCUUCCCGCCGCAGUUCGCUGGCGCUGGCGCCAAGGACGUGGACGCGCUCCGCGAAGUCUUAAGCAGAACGCCUGAACUCUCCAAAGUUAUGCUGUACUGCUGCGAGUCGAUUCACAGUUUGGACCCGCAAGUAGUGGAUCUCCUGUUUUGGGUGCUGAUACAGUUGAAGGAGUUCAAGCUGAGGUCUGUGCCGAAGAAAGACUUCGGAGCCAUUUUGGCGCGAAGGGGCUCUGGUUCGUCCGUCCCGCUCCCCAACCACAUCUUCGAAGUCGUCGGCGACCCGCGCUCCGCGCGCGCCACCAAGUGGGCAGAACUGGCGCACGGCAGGAAUCUGUGGUGUGGUUUCCACGGCAGCCGCUUGGAGAAUUUCUACUCCAUCCUCUGCCACGGGCUUCAGCAGCACAUGACCAAGAGGGACCUGUUUGGCCCCGGGAUCUACCUCUCGGACGAGCUGUCGGUGAGCCUACUGUACAGCCCCACGGGGUGUGCGGGCCGCCACAGCCUGGUGGGCGAGCACGCCAGCUGCGUCGCGCUCUGCCAGAUCAUCGACCACCCCGACGUCAAGUGCCAGACCAAGACAGGCUUGGACCCCAACCGGUCUCGCUCCAUCAGCAGCAACAGUAUUGGCGGGCGUGUUCCAGAGACGUACUAUGUGGUCCAGAACAGCGACUUGGUCCGUGUUCAGUACCUGCUGGUUUACAGCAACACCAGCUUCAAGAGCAGGAGGCAGGAUUCUUCUCUGAUGGGUUGGGUGAAGAGCCACAAGAUGUUGACGGCUGUCGUUGCGUACAUCGUGAUGCUGGUCUCGGUGGGUCUUGCCAACAGCCCGACCACGUCCAAGUUGGUGAGGAUGUUUCUGCGGAAGAUCGGCCGGUAGGAAGCGAGUCUGCGGAUGUGUGGAGGCCGGCUCCUUACUCCUGCGUUUUGCAGUCUUCACGGGUCGCCGAAGCUUCGGGACGGGCGUGGUUCCAUUCAUGCAGUACAGUAGAACCUCAUGAUGAAGUUCCUCACUUUUUAAGUACCUUAAUGGCCCGAAAAAAGUUUCUUGGAAGAGUGAAAUCUAGAAUAAAAGAUAACAUACCUGAAAAGAAAUAUCCUUAUAAAGUAAAAUUAUUUUUUUCCGCCAAAGGUUUAUUAAAUACACACUGCAAAACUUUAAAUGAUAUGUGUAAAUAAAAAAAUUCAAAUUUUAACAUCAUCAUUAAAGUGAAAAGCGUUCAGUAAAUUGAUAUUUAAUUCCAAGAAUUGAACAUACUUGCAUCAGGCGUACGCAGGGCCUCAAAUCUGAAGGAUUUGCAAUGUGGGACUGGGGAAUUUUUUUUUUUUUUUUGGGGUGGUUGAACUGACACAAGUCAUCUCGAGUUAGGGUGAUUGUAUGUUGUAUAUUGUCCAUAUUUUGGCCUAUAUGCAUGCAAUAAGCAGAAAACUAUAAAAUAUACAGACAUUUUUUUCAUAAAUCAUAGUUUUUGUGUUUACGUUUACCAGCCAUGUUUCUAAGUCGCAAUUUGGCAAGCUUCUUAAUACCAGGGGGAUAAACCCAGUACCCCCUACCCCUCCCCCAACCCUGAAUUUACACCCAUGGGCUUACGAAUCAUUGAAAUCUUUGUUUGUUGCAUCUUACGUAAGCACUACGAAUGUGAGCAGAACAUUAGUAGUAUGUAGGUAAAAAAUUGUAAUUUGCCAUAGAGUUAUAAAAAAAAAUGCAGUUUGUAAUCUGUUUUUAUAAAAUACAUUAAUAAAUUUUCCAAGUUUUAGGCAGUCAAGUCAAGUCAAGUCUCACAUCUUGGCGGAGUGCUACUUAUUAACUAGAUAUUUUUUUUUUGCCGUGAAGGGGAAAUUGGGGGGGGGGGAAGGGGGCGUACAUCAGUGGUAUCAUCAGGUUAAUGCAACACACAUUUUCAGAUCCCUGCAAUGCAAGUUGUUUUAUAUUUAGUAACAGUUCAGUGUUAAGCACUUUAAUUACAACUUUUUUUUAGGUACUUUGUAAUAAAUUUUUGUAAUAAAUAUUUAGAAAUAAAUUUUCAAACAGAUUUUGCCGUUUAUAUACAUGUGUGGAAGAAGAUGGAGAUAGCAGUAAAAAAGGGAAAUCCAAGAAAAUGUAGUUUUCAAUACCUUGCUGUCCUUAAUUAUAAUUUGUACCUCUUCCUUUUCUGUGUUAAAGAAAAAGACACUAGCAAUAAUUUUUCAUGCAUGUAAUAAUAAUAAUAAUAAUUAAUAAAUUAAAUUAUUCUUCUCAGUUACAAUUGUUUCAACAUUCUCUGUAGUUCUUCUUGCUCUCUGUUUACAGUAAAUUAAUAUUAUUUGAGAAUGUUCAACUAAGUAUGUAUUUGUUUUUGGGCUUUUCUCCAUGUUAUUUUCCAUCGUUGGAUUCUUUAUUGGCAGUCCUUUCUGUUGGUGCUUCAUCAUCUGUGCAUUUAUCAGUUUUCAGUGUGUGUCGUAAUAGUGUGCGGCGUGCCACAUAUCUGCGAGUCCAAAGGCAGCAAGAAAUAAAUUUUGGUACUGUCGUCCAAGUCCUCUAUUUUCCUUGAGACAGCGUGGCAGUGUCUAAAUGGUUCGUUUUCACCAGGUUUGUUCCUGUGUUAGACACCCGUGGUGGCCACAACUUCUUGAAUACUUGAAAAGCAGAAGUUUUCCUUUAAUUUUACCUGUCCUGGUAAAAUCGUGAAAUGUGCUGGAAUUGUCACAUGCAUCCUUGAAUUUUAUUGUUUCACAAAGAUAAUUUGGCCCGUAGAGUGAAUAAAUAAUUAUAUUGAAUCUACGUUUUGGGCCCAGCCACGUCUUUGUAAUGAGAAAUAAACGAGAUGUUGAUACGUGCGAGAUUUACAUUUCUUGUUUCAGUAUCAAUACAUGCCAUACUUACCUGAAUAUAAUGCUGUGAUUUUCACCAAAAAAAAACUGUGGAAACUAAAACUGGGAGUAGCAUUAUAAUCACAAACUUGUAUUUUGCCAUUGGGAACGGCUAAAUGAAAAACUGCAGGUGCUGCCUCUUAAAUGUGUCACUUAUGCCACUUUAGUCUGGGGAUGCCACUUUAGUCCGGGGAUUCGUGAACCUCAGCAAAUGCGUGACAGAUGAGUGAUGUAGGAUGAAGGGGAGAAUGCAAAUGGAGUUUGACACUGGGUUCUCGGUUCCUUCUGCUUCUCUUCUCCGUGGCCGCUGGGGAAGGCACACCUUUCCACUCCAACCACUCACCACAUUGGUUGCUUUCCGAACAGCCACCUGCGAACUACAGUCAUAAAAAACAAUUAUUUUUCUAACUGUGGCUUGGUGUUUCAAAAUAGACCAUUUAAAUCACUCUGCUGACAAAAGGGUACCAGAAAGCGCCUAGUAAAUUUGGAGUAAAUUUAAGAAUUUAAAUAAUUUUCAAGUACUAUGAACUUGAAUUGGAAUUUCCAUUCCAUAGUCUAUUUCAUAAACUCAUAAUCAAAAAGUUUGAGGUCGCAUUACAGUCAAGUGUCACAUAAUUUUCAAGUAAAUACGGUAUAUGUUCCCACUGUGCUCACAACCGUUUUGAGGUUAAUGAUUUCUUUUAAAACAUCAGCGGCUGUUAGUAUUUUGAUAUGUGUUUGUGUUUCAAAAUAUUUUCAUUUGUUUUUGCUUUAUUUACUAAACCUCGAAAAUGCAAUUUUGGUCCUUGAAUUUAUAAGUAGUGUAUUUGUGGCCACCCGGGACAGUGACACGUCUCCUCUGGACGCUCUGGCUCGCAGAUAUGUGGCGCACAGUAUAGUCCCAUUUGCUCUUUAGAGUUUCCUUGUGUGCAGUAUUUUUAGCCUCAAAAGCUAGAAUGAUUUUUCUAGGUUUUACACCUGUGUAUUGUGUAGUAUGUCGGAGAUCAGUGGCGUAGCCAGGAUUUGUGUAUGGGGGGUGUUAAGAAGCAUGGUUCACCCCCCCCCCCCCCCCCACAUAUUAAAGUGGGUGGUGGGGGGGUCCUCCCCCGGGAAAAAUUUGGAUUUUAAGGUGUAAAAUUGUGCUAUUUUAGCAGUUUUCGGUUCUUAAAUUUAAAUAUUGUAAUUGUAAAAAUGUUACUAAUUUUUAAUAUGAAAUUUGUUUGAGUGAUGAAUAAGAAAUUUAAAUAAAGAUUUGGUGCUAAGGGUUGGGGGUUUGAACCCCUAAAACUCCCCUCUGGCUACGCCCCUGUCGGAGAGUACUAAUGUAAAUACUUGUGUUUUCAUAGAAAAGGUGCCCAUGAAUGGAUUUGUUCCAAUAAAAUAAUUCAAGCAAGCUGUUUAAAGUUUUUUGUGCGUGUUGCUUGCUAGAAAUACCAUUGCUAGAUCAGUCUAAAAUGUUAUUUUCUCGAGACUGUGUUGUUGGCAAGCAUAACUGCUGUUUGUAAAGGCUGAAAAAAAAAAAAAAAACCAGUAUGGUGCUGUGUCUAAAGAUAAAUUUUGCACAGAACAAAUAUUUAUAUGUUUGUAGACAUUGGAAUUGAAAUUAUUGUAUGAUAAGCAAUUUCUCGUGUGUUUUUAUAAAAUGAGAAUACACUUUUGUUCUUAUUGUGUGUGUAGAAUAGAACAUGGUGGCAAUAUUAAUGUAAGUGCAGUGUGUAAAAAUUGUUUGAGUGUAGUUUUAUGUAACCUAGUCAAUAUAAAUGUUUCUGUGCAUGAUUUGUUUUAAUUUUAUAUAUGUAUUUAACAUGUAACCAUCUUUGAUUCUUAGGUUGCAGAGAUUGUGAUACAUACAGAUUACAUUAAAAUGUAAUACAUUUAACAAGAAUUGUUAAAUAUGUAAAUCAAGCCUUUAUUGUCUAUGUAAGAUUUGUGUAUUUAAAUAAAGUACAAUUUUUUUAACAUUUAAAAA